GUCAAAGCAAGUAAACAGAAAGUAAAAAAAAAAUUAUAAAUUAUUUACUACGGGACCUUGUUUAUCAAACUAUCUAAAAUGUAGUGUGAAUUUAUCUUAUAUAAAUAGAUUUAACCAAAAUGGAUGUAACAGCAGAAACAGUUCCUAAAUUUUCUAAAAUUUGCAUGUUUUGUUUAUCCACUAAUUUAAAAAUUAAUAAUGUUUCUGAAGUGCCCUAUACAAGGGCUUUAUUUGAAAAAAUCACGGAAGAAAAGCUGCCUGAGGAUAUUCCACAUGAAUCCCAAAAUAUUUGUGAAACCUGUGUUGAACUGGUUCAUACAUUUCUAAGUUUUAUUCAGAAAGCACAAAACAAUAUUAAAACAUUUAAUGAAUUCCAAGAGAAAGAAAAACUUAAAUGGGAAAAAAUAAGCCAGGGAGUUAUUGAAAAAAGCUAUGAAUGUGAUUUAUCCUUUUUUGAUGACAUUAAGGAUGAAAACUCUAUAGAUAAUGUUGUAGAAACGAAAUGUAUUAAACGCUUUAAUUUAUCUGGUGAGGAUAUUGAUAAAAAAUUUAAGAAGCCUACGUGCCGGAAAUGUAAAACUCAAUUUGGUAAAAAGGCAGACUUAAAAAUUCACAUGAAAAAUAACAAUUGUGAAUUAGUUGAGUGGAAUUGUUCAGAAUGUGGAAAAUCUUUUAAAUACCUAUAUAAAUUAAAAAAUCAUAUGAGAAGUCACACCAAUGAAACACCAUUUAAAUGCACUGAAUGUGAAAAAGAAUUUCGUUUUGAACAGAAUUUAAAAAGACACAUUGCGCUUCACACUGGAGUCAAAAAGUUCAAAUGUGAUGAAUGCGGAAAAGAGUUUUCCAGAGCACACAAUUUGAAUGAGCAUAAAAAUAUCCAUUCAGGAAAUAAUCCAUAUAUAUGUGAUUAUUGUGGUAAAGGAUUUAAGAGAUACGCAAAUCAUUUUAUUCAUGUGUAUCGUCAUAAGUUAUUCAAUGGAGAUAUUGAGCCGACAACAGAUAAAAAAUACCUGCAAUUACAAUGUAAUAUAUGCAAUAAAAUUUUUGCUAGUAAUGGUGCCUUGGAUAACCAUAUGCCUAUUCAUGAUUCAGGAAAAGUUAAGAGGUUUUUGUGCAACUUUUGUGGCAUAGGAUUCAAUACUAGUCAUCAAGUAGAGUCACAUCUGCGAGUACAUACCGGGGACAGACCCUUUGAGUGUCCGCACUGUGGUAAAAGGUUUAAGCAUAAAAGUGCUUAUAAUAACCAUCAAGUUACUCAUACUGGUAUCAGACAAUACCAGUGUGACUUAUGUGACAAACAGUUUACACAAGCUGGACAUCUAAGGUCACAUAUGAGGGUGCAUAGCGGCGAAAAACCUUUUUGUUGUAGUUUUUGUGAUAAAACAUUUGCUUCCAACAGUAAUUUAAAGGUUCAUUUAAGAUAUCAUACAGGAGAAAGGCCAUAUGUUUGUACGGUAUGUUCUAAAGCAUUUAGUGAUUCAACUACUCUGAAAAAGCAUUCAAAAACUCAUCUGGUUGGGUUACCUGAUGAGCAUAUGGAAGAAGAUAAGGCAGAUGCGGUGAAAGAAGAAGAAACAUAAAAAUUAGUUGAAAGUAUUCAUAUUUAUUUGUACAGGGUGUCCAACGUCUUCACUAACUCGAAUUCUUUAUUGGUGUUAUAACACAGAAUAGUGAUUACACAAGUCAGUCAGAUAUAGUAGUAAUUACAAACUAUGGUAAAACAACAAAAACAUGAUAAGACAUUACAAUUAAAUUUAAAAUUAUACUAAUAUUACAAGAGGUUUGUUAGAUUAAGCGAAACUCUAAUAAAACUUACACUAAGAUAAAAUUCAAAUAUACAAUCUAAAAUAAUAUAGUUAAAAUUGGAAUUCUAGAAAUUCUUUAAUAUCAUAAAAGGCCUUGCUGAUGAGACAGUAUUAUACAGUAAUGGACAAAAGUAUAUAGACAAACUUAGAACAUUAAAAGGCUAGAAUUAGCAUUGCCAUGGAACCAUGGGCAGUUUGCUUGCAACGUCUCUGAUGCAAUGAUGCCAAAUGCUUACGUAGAAAUGGAAAGAACAGACUUUAUAAUAUCAUAAAAAUUUCUCACUUAUUUUGACAGGCGUAAAACAAUACUAUUCCUCUCUAAUAAAAUAUGAAGCAGUUUUUUUUCAUAAAAUAUGAUAAGGUGCUCUAUAAAGCAGUCAACACUCAAAGUUAAAUAAAUGUAGAUAAGGUGUAUUAGAGAAAAAGGCAAUAACAUCGCAACGCCACUCGAUCGCAUUGUUGAUUUCACCGACACAAGUAAUAUUUACCAGUGACGUUAUGCUUUAAAUUCUAAACAAUAUUACCGUUUAUGAACUCUUUGUGCGUUUUUUAACGUACUUAAUUAGAGUAUAUAUCUAAUAAAAAGCAUUUUUAUGGAAAUUAAAUUAAAGAAAUUAAGAUUUCUUAAUAAGUCUUUAUUAUUCUACGGUUAUGACGACGGUUGUCUCUUGAUAUGAUGACAAUAACAUAUCAAUAUUUACUUGUGGAAAAUUAGACUUAAAUCGCCUUUUGCCAUGGUGCGGCACAAACGGCAUAAGUUUCUACUAUCGUAGCAGUUCACAAAAACACUGAAAUGACUCAAUCUUUUUCCUCUUUCAACCAGAAAGUAAAGAAAAAACAGACCUUCACAAAUGUCGAAUGUAAACACAAAGUCGUUUGUCAAGACGACAUUUCGCAAGAGGACAUCAGCUUUUGUCUGCGGUAUUGUCAUUUCAAAUUUUUUAGACGCGGUUUUAGGAAUAAGAAUGUUAAUAAUUUUUUUUUGCUUUGAAGAUGUUAUUUUUGCGCUUAGAAUAACAUAUAGGGGAGAGUGUUCCACAAUCGGACACAAAAUAGAUUUUGCUAAGUAUUGACCUUGUUUAUUGAACCAACCAAAAUAUGAUUAUCACUAAAAUAAAUUAAGGCUAAACAUAAGUUUUUAUGGUAGAACAAACAUCAUAAACCAAAAUCUAAUUAAAAAAAAAGUUUGUUUAACAAAGGAAGGACAGUUGUCUGUUCAGCACAUUCAGACACUGCAUGUUCCACAAUAAGACAAAAGGUAAUAAUGUUUUAACGAACUUCUAAAGCUGAAAAAUUUACUUCAAACUUCAAAUAAGAUUGUUGCCGCUUUGUUGUUCCCACAUGUGCUGGUUUUGGUAACACCAUCUUAAUGUUUUCCAAACAUACCAAUGAGACGUCUUCUAUUUCGGGGUAAAUGAAGCUGUUAUUAUACUUAACGGACUUUCUCAAAAAUUUGACCUCGCAUUCCUUAUCCUUUUUACAGAACACUUCAACUAUGUAAUAAAUUUUUUUCUUUUUGUUCAUAAAUUCUAUCAAAUUAAAAUUGCCAACUUCUGGCUCUUUAUUAAGCUUAUCUAGAAGUGGUGGUGGAUCGAUUUCUCCUACAAAAUCAAUAUCAUCAUCGGAACUUUCGGUUACAAGCAUCGCCGCGUCUUCAUUUUCUUCGUCUGUUGAGUCUUCAUCGAUUACUUUUCUUUUCACGACCUUAUUCUUAACACUUUUUUUUCUUUCUCGCUCCAUUUGUUUAGCUUCAAUCGCUUCUAGGGCGAUCUUUUCUAAAGUGUCCGUGGCGAUAAUACUUUUAGCUUUUUCUCUCUUCUUUCUCUGAUUUUUUUGUUCUUCAGCUUUUGGGUAUCCUUUAAAUUGUUGUGGACUUACGAAAGUUUCUUUGUGAUUUUGUGUAGGUGUUGUGUUUAAACUAACUGAUACUGAAACUAAGGAGUCUGAUAUUAUAUUUUCUUCAAUUCAUUUUGAUGUUGAUGGUUGAUUUGGAUCCAUAAGUCGUUGAGCUUCUUCAUUGUUUUGAUCCACAUUCCUAUCAGUUACGCUGCUAAUUGCAAAGUCGUCAUCUGUAAAUAUGGAUUUAUCGAAGGGAUAAAUCCCAGUUUUUCGAAAUCCGGAUUUGAUAUUAGCGGGUGUCAUCGAUUUUUCAAAUGCAUAAGCAACACAGCCAGCGAUAUCAAAAAUAGAAACAGGUAUCCCAGGGUGCUCUAAAAGCCAUGUUUGUAAGGCAGUAUUGUAGAAUGAUUUAAAAGAAAAAAACACCGAGACAUCUAAUGGUUGCAGCUUGUUGGAAGUAUGUGGCGGUAAGGUCAAAAUGAUCACUCCAUUUUCCUUGGCUAGAUUUAUUCCUUCUAUCGUUAGAUGACUCUUGUGAUUGUCAAAAAUUAGGAGAGAAGGGUUUUCUUUUGUGCUGGACGUAUGUUUAAUGAAGUGCCUUACAACGCUCGGAGACAAUUCACCAGUCAUCCAUCCAGAAUCGGAAACCAAUCCCAAAGUACCAUGCGGUGCUCCAUAAGUCAUUCGAGGAUUAAACUUUUUUCGUGGAAAAAUCAUGACUGGUGGUAUUGUAUUCUUGGAUGCUAAUAUAAUACAAGUGGUGACCAGUAAACCUCGUUCGGCGCUCGUGCAGGAAGAGACCUGCUUGAUCUCUCUCUGAGCAACAAUCUUUUUCGGUUUUUGGACGGUUGUGGUGGCAGUUUCAUCUAAAUUAUAAUUUCUUGUACCGCUGUAAAAAUUUCCAUGGUUCUGAAACACUUUUUCCAAAUUUUUGAAAAAAAGUCCAACAUUGUGUUUGUUGAAUGAUGUCGCUCUGGAGAGGCUACAUCCUUCCGGCUGGCGAAGACUUAAUUCUGCAUUUCUGGACAUAAAUCCAAGGAACCAUUCGCGUCCAGCUUCCUUGUUUGUUUGCGAAUUUUCCGAAAUUUUACAAUUAUUAAUAGUUGCCAUUUCAUAAACCAGUUUUCUGAUAUUAAUGACCGUUUGUCCGUAACACAUUUUUGAGCCAGGUAAUACGUAAUCGGCUAAAGCUUUUUCUUGAUUUUCAGAAAAAACUUUUCUACAAGCAUAAUUUGGAGCCAUUUUAAUCUCUUUGGUGGGAUUCUGUUUUUUCCUUUUUACAUAUUCAUAAACCCUUUGAAAUGUUAAAUUGUAUCUUUUAGCUGCUUGUCUUAAAGAUAUAUCUUCUCUUCGAUGACUGCUCUAACAGCAGCUCUCAUGGAUUGUUUCUCAAAUUGCCCUUUAUCGCUUUUUCGCUGACGUCCUCGAGCCAUUUUUCAUCUGUCAGAAGGUGGAACACAACCUACAAUACAAAAUUAAAUUUAACUGUGACCUUCAUACAUAACCUACAAAAGUAAACUUGCUUAUAAAAUAUCGACAAAAUAGCCCAAAAUCUGUCGUAAAGGUUGUUUUUGUAUUACUAGUUUCAGAAGAAAAAUUAGAGCAUAUAAUAUCAUAUCAACGAUAGAAAAAACUUACCUUGAAAAACGAUUAUUAUAUAUAUAUUUUAUUAAAAAAUGCACAAAACCAAGAGAACAGCGUUCAAACUUUGUUUACCACAUCGGCGUGUAUAACCGCACUAUCCGAACGAAAAACGUCAAACUUUCGGCGGGAAUUUAAAAAUUACAUGCUUUGUCUGAUUGUGGAACAUUCUUCCCUAUCUAUUUCUAGUUUUUAUUCUUAAUCCAAAAUCUAACAUCAAUAAGUUAAAUUAACAUUAUUAUAUAUGUUGAUAUAUAGCUAAAAAUUUUCUUUUUGAAUUUUGAAAAUGAGUGUAAAGUAGUGUAAUAUAUGUGUAAAAUAAAUAGUGUAAUGUGUAAGUAGACAAAGGAUUAUAACACAAUGCUUCACCCAAUAUACCUUUAUUUAAACCCAAAUAAAAAAACAAUAAUUCCUCAGUACCUAAUUGUUAUAAAAUACAAAUUCAUAAACAAAUUACUCAUUUACUACAAAAAAAAUUGUUAAAUGUUAAGGGACAAAAAUAUAUAGACAAAUGUAAAAAAAAUUAAGAAGUUGGAUGAAAUUCUGCAAACAAAUAUGUUUUUUCUAAAAUAACAUACUUAAUACUUUGUCGCAUAACCGUUGUUCUUAAUAACUGCCUGGCAUUUUCGUGGCAUGACUCUAAAAGAUAUGUGAAAUAUCUUUUAGAGUCCAUGCCACAUAUUUCUUUUUAUUUUUCUUCCAAAGCCGUGAAAAGAUCAUGUUUAUUGGAAUACUUGUUAUCUCUAAUUUUCCUGUUCAAGUGUUCCCACAUGUUCUCAAUAGAAUUGAGAUCAGGGGACUGUGACGGCCAUUUCAAGACAACUAUUUGUUCAUCCCUGAAAAAUCAUUUAGCCAUCUUAGAGGUGUGUUUCGGGUCAUUAUCUUGUUGAAACGUUGAUCUCAGUGGCAUGUGCUACAUCCAUAUAGGGUAGCAUUAUUUUUUUAAGGAUAUUGACAUAUAAAAACCUCUCAAUAAGACCUUCAAUUUUAUGUAUAGGACCUACUCCAAACUCCGGAAAACACCCCCAAUCAUCACAGAUUCGCCGCCAUGUUCUAUAUAUAUUAAUGUAUAUCGUCUGACAUACCGAAUACCAUCCGUUCCAAAAAUAUUAAAUUUGGAUUCAUCGCUGAAACAUACUCGUUUCCACUCACUUAUUGUCCAAUAAAGAUGUUGACGGGCAAAUUCUAAACGGGCCAUCCGAUUCUUCUUGGAGAGAAGAGGUUUUUUGCUGGGGCGGCGUGCAUAAUAACCAAGGUCAUCUAACCUUCGCCGUAUUGUUUUAGUAGAAACCUCUGGUAGUCCCUUCCCUUGAAUAUCCUUUUUUAUAUCUGUUGCUGUUUUAAACGGAGCUUUUGAAGAAAUCUAUUUUAUGAGUCGCAUCGCUCUCGAUUUAAGUUUUUUUGGCCGUCUACUCCUUAAUAACUCCUUUCUGCUUACAUUUAAUUAUAAUUGUCCAAACGGCUUUGCGUUUUAAAUUUAAAUUUUUUGCAAUAGUAAUUUGUCGCUGACCCAUUUUAAACUGCUCUAUAAUUUUUGUUUUUAUUUCAAAAGAAAUUUCGAAACCACGCGGUAUCCUUACAAAUACUUUAAAAAUAUUUUAAAUUAUGUUUUAAGUGCGAAACAAACUAAGGUUCACAUCAAACUGAAGCAAAAUAUUGCUUAGAGGAAUAUUGUCUAUAUACUUUUGUCUCAAGAAAAAGUAUUUUUAAUCUUUUUAAAUAACAUUCUGGUCUAUUGUUUACAUGAGACAAAUACUUAUACAUAUUUUUAUCUUUAUUGAUAUUUACAAUUUUUAUAAUAUAAAUGAAUAUUUUAAUGAUUUACCAAAAUAUUAUGUUAGGUAAAGAGAUUUGUUUGUCUAUAAAGUUUUGUCCAUUACUGUAUAUUAUAUAUAUAUAUAUAAAGAUAUAUAUAUAUAUAUAUAUAAAGAUAUUAUUUAUUUGUUAUGCUUUAUGAGAGGUAGUUCACAUAUUGUGGAUGGCAAUUUAUUAAAGAAUGUUAUGCCAUAAGAAUUCGGUUCAUCCCGACGCAUUUUUUUUUAAUAAAAUAUAAUAAGGUGCUCUAUAAAGCAGUCAACACUCAAAGUUAAAUUAAUGUAGAUAACGUAUAUUAGAGAAAAAGGCAAUAACAUCGCAACACCGCUCGAUCGCAUUGUUGAUUUCACCGACUCUCAAGUAAUCUUUACCAGAGACGUCGUCAAAAAAUAUUUACAUGAUAAAUAUUUAUCAUUAAUAGAUUAUGCUUUAAAUUUGUCACUUAUGUGCUUAAAAUAUUAUCUUUAAUAAUUCAUCUAUGCUUUAAAUCUGUCACAAUUCGCACCAUCCUCCUCUGAAAUAAAACACAGCCUGAACACUAGCACAAUGACCCCAGACGAGGAUGGCAUAACUUCUGUUGGAGUGGAAAAGAGAAAAAUAGGCCUAUCUGAGAACGGAACCAGAGACGCGUCAGAAAGUCUUCAUACGAGAAAAGUGGUAGAUUCCGUCUGCAUCCUUAGGAAUUUUACAUCCUCAAUACCAGGUCCAUUUGGAAGGGCUCUUAUGGAAAAAAUCAUGCUCAGUGUUUUUUCAGCACUAAGGAGAGGCUUAUUUGCAAACCACUGUUCAGGCCUCAAGAGUGCCUCCCCAGACGCCUGCGGUGCAGUAGUCGAAUCGAUAUGUGCACAAGUGAAAGUUCUCUCGUCCGCAAAGAGAGUGAAAAAUCAUUCCUGAUAAACUUGUGGUAGAUCAUUUAAGUAUAUACCGCGUGGUGCGUCGCCGAGCGGAACAUAGCAAAACCCAUGUAAAUUUUAAGGCGGUCAAUUAUUGGCUUCCCUGUACAUUUUAUACAAAAAAUGUAAGAUAACUUUUUGAAGAGACCAAUUUGGCAAACCCUUGUGCAAAGUUUAAAAAAAUUUUAAUAAGCGAAUCUUGAAUUAUUCAAUUAAACGUAAUUGCAAAAUUAGUAAAUUUUCGGUUCAGGUAAAACCAAACAGGCACCAGUAAAAUGAAUAUUGUCACUGACGUGAGGAAAAGUGUCAAUAAAUCAGUGCCAGUCGAUAUUUGAAAACAAGUAUCAAGUAUGAAUUAUUUAAUCGACAAAAAAAUAGCCAUAAUUAAGUGGCAUUAUGCGGGAAACAGUUUUAAGGCAGUAUCUGAAAUGUUUUCAGUUUAUUUCCCCACCAAGCCCAUUCCGUCCAUUUACUAUUAAACGUAUUGUUAAUAAGUUCGAGUCCAAAGGUACCGUCAUAAAUAAUUGUAAAUGUUCAACUCAGGAUAUCGAAAAUAGAGCCGAAGAAAAAGAGAACAGAGAUCUUAAUAUUCUACUGCGUGUGGAAGAAAACAAGAUGGUUAGUACGAGGGUUCUUGGGCAAGAGGUAAAUAAACAUCAUACAACGGUAUUGCGCACUUUAAAAAAACACAAAUAUUAUUCGUAUAAAUUCGAAAAACAUCAAGAGCUGCGGGAAGGAGAUGAAGAGCGAAGAAUGGCAUUUUGUUUUGAAAUGAUGGAAAGAGCAAAUAAUGAUAGGAAUUUUUUAAGAAAUAUUUGUUUUACCGAUAAAUAUACAUUUACCCUCAACAAUGAACCAAAUGUUCAGAAUUGCCGGUAUUGGAGCCAACAAAAUGAACAUCGCUUUGUUCAUACUCGGACACAAUAUCCCCAAAAAACAAAUGUAUUCGUGGGAAGUAUCGGACACCAUAUCAUUGGACCCUUUUUUAUGGACUAUAACCUAACAGCUGAAACCUAUUUGGACUUAUUUCAAAAUCAAAUUGGACCCACCUUGGGAGAAGUUGUUCAGGAAGAUCAAAUGAUCUGGUACCAAAUGGAUGGUUGCCCGGCCCAUAAUGCCGUAUGGUUAGAGAGUGCUUGGAAAAUGCUUUUAACGGCAAUAUUAUUGGUCCACGGCACCGGAUACUUUGGCCAGCCAGGUCACCUGAUCUUUCACCGAAUGACUUCUUUUUAUGGGGUCAUUUAAAAAGUGUCAUUUAUAAAAGUGUAAAAUUUGAGAAUCUAAACCAGUUACAAAACGCUAUUUCGUUAGAAUGUAAUAAAAUUUCCCAAUAUGUAUUAACUUUAUGUUUUUAUGUAAUUCUCUAUUAUUUUUAAAAAAGUUAUUUUAUUUUAUUUUUCCACACUUAGUAAGAUAUUAAGAGUUCUGUUCUCUCUUCUUUCGGAUCUAUUUUCGAUCUUCUGAGUUAAACAUUUACAAUUAUUUAUUGCAAUGUCUUUGGACUCGAAUUUACUAACAAUAGGUUUAAUGGUUGAAUUGUCCAGACAGGCUUGAUGGGAAAGUGAAUUGAAAAUAUUUCAGAUACUGCUAUUGGUUUAAUUAAAUUCUAAGUAUGAUAAAAUAAUUUUUUUAAUAAUCGAUAAUAAUACAUGUUAUUGGUUUAACUUCAUCGUUAUAUUAAAUAAAAGUUUAGAUAAAAAAAUAAUGUUAACGUGUCUUACUUUGAAUGUAUGGUUAUGAGAUUGAUAAAACGAAAAAAAAAAACAUUUCUUGUAUUCGAGUGUACGUCAGAUUUGACAAAGCCUUAUAACAAAUUGUUUGCUGGUGGCUGGUGUCUGGUUUUAUUCGAACCGAAAAUUUGGUAAUUUUGCAAUUACAUUUAAUUGAAUAAUUCAAGAUUUGCUUAUUAAAAUUUUUUAAAACUUUGCACGAAGGUUUGCCAGAUUGGUCUCUUCAAAAAGUUAUCUUACAUUUUUUCUGUAAAAUUUACAGGGAAGCCAAUAAUUGACCCCCUUAAAAUUUACAUGGGAUUUCCUAUGUUCCGCUCGGCAACGCACCACCCGGUAUGUAUAAGCAAGAAUAGGGAUCCGAGUAUUGAGGCUUGAGGAAGUCCCACUUUAAUCAUUCUCUCAGCUAAGUCCACACCAUCACCCGCACUCUGUAAGGUAGCUGGAGAGCAUUUUAAUGGUGUUCUCGCUUAGGUUAUAUUUCUAUUAUUUUUUUAAAAUGAAGUCGUGGGAGACGCAGUCAGACGCUUUAUUUAACUCACUGAAUGUACUUGGCACUUUGCCAGGUAACAAUGAUUCUCAAAUGCAUCCUGGAUCCAUGUAAUUAAAUCCAGUGUUACCAAGGUUGUACUACGGUUCUUUCUAAAGGCCGUGAAACAAUUUUUAGAUUUAAAACAUGUUAAGAUUCUCACUUCGAAAUUAUAGAAAGAAGUGGUAUGGGUCUAUAAUUAGAGGAAUCUGAUUUAUUUUUGAAAAUACAGCCACAGCAAUCACAGCUCUCUUCAGAGUAUCAGGAAAGAAGCCCUCGUCAAGACAAUGAUUAAUGAGUUUGGCUAAAGGGCCACAGAUAUAAUUAAGUUUACAGAGGAACCAUAAAAGUCUUUUUUUCUUGCUAGUUAGUCCCGUCGAAAUGUCCCAGAUCUCAUUUGGUAAAACCUCUCGAAACAAACUCUUCGCACCCCUCAAUCAAUCGAACGUUAAAACAUAGGGGAUUUAGGCUAGAUGGGUUAAUGUUACUUUUCACAUUAUGGGCAACGUUACUAGAAUAUUGCAUUUUUAAUUAAAUAUUUUUAUUUAUUAUUAACAUACUCUACAUAGUUACUCACUCCAAAUGGUACAAAUAGGUAUCCUACAAAAAAAAACAAUAAGCCUAAAGCUAGACAUAACUAUGAAUUUAGAAGUCUUUUAAACGUUCCAAUUGAUGAGGAAAUUAAAUUAACAUUUGUGUAAUUUUUGUUGUAAUUUUUAGCAAGCCGAUCCAAAAAGCAAUUGAGACCAUAAUUUGUUCGAUGUGGGUGCUCGUAAAAAAGGCUACGAGUUCGUGUUGACCUUAGUGGUAUUCUGAUAUGGAUUUCUGCAAGCAUCUCGGUGAUCUUCUGCAACAGUCGAUGAUUUGGUUUAGUAAUUUUAGAAGGAAAAUUGCUAUUGCAUUUUCUCUUCACUUUUUCAAAGUGGUUAAUCGUACUAAUUGUAUUCUUGUUGCAUAGAGAAUGUCUCCAUAUGGAAAUCGGUGUUUGUAUAAUAAAAACUUAGCAAACCUAUUUUGCACACUCUCGAUCCUAUGCUGCUGAUACUGAUGCUGGUGACCAUAUUAUACUGUUGUACUCCAUGAAGGGUCUGACUAAAGAGUUGUUAAGACACUCGUACAUAACCUGUUGCCUACGUCUAUAAAAUCUCAUCUUACACUUAGAUACAUUUAGAUAAUCUUGAAAGAUCCUCCUUGAUAAGUACACAGUCGUCAACGCUGUUAGCGCAACAAAAAAUUUUUAAAUCAAUGUUAUGACAUUAAAGUAGACAUUUACAAACUUUAAACACUGAUACUAUAGAUUUUAAAAAUAACAAGAGAACUGGACCAAGGUGAGAGCCUUGUGGCACACAGUCAAAUGCCUUUGAGAUAUCAGUAUAUCUCAGAGAUGCAUCGACUUGCAGUCCUGAUUCAGUGUUUUCCACUGUGUAGGGGAAGCAGGGGGAAUGCCGCUCAGUUAAGGAAAAAACGCAAUAUUUGACGAUAUAAAGAACAAAUGACAAAAGUUUACCUCUUUGUGUGUCAAUAUGUUAACAUAAAACGUAAUUAUAGUUUACCUAAAAACAGUAGGAAAACUUCAAAAAAAAAUCAGGGUUGAGCGUCAAUGCCCCUGGCUAUGGGUAAUACCGCUCAGCCAUAGGUACAGCGAUACCACAUUUCAUUAUUUCUUCCAAAUUCUUCGCAAAUAUUGCAUUUAUUAUAUUCAUUUCCUUCCACACUCAAUUCAUCAUCACUGUCAUCGUCACAGACAUUUUCAAUUUGUUCAUCGUCAUCUGAUGAACUGUCUUGCAAAACUUUACGUUUGCAAGAUGUUCCACUUUUAUUUUUAUUUCUAUUAUUUCCUGUGACUUUACUUCUUGUUUGAUCUUUUCUUCCGGUCUUAUUGAGUUUUUUUUUCUUGUUCGUUUCUUUCUCUUCUAAUAUAUUUUUCAUUGGAGUCGAUGUUAAUAUGGUAGAAUGUUGUUUUCUAUUCCUUUGAGCUGGCUUUGAAGUUGACGCAAUAGUUGGUGGUGUUGUUGCUAUCUUAGAAAAAGAAACAUAAGUUUGUUUUUGUUCACCCAAAAGUGCCUGGUUAGAUGGACCAGAAUUGGGUGAUUUAUUUUUGAUAGACUGGGACUUAGAUGCAGCAUGUACAGAAGCUUCAAGAUUUUGAUUUGGCGCUUCCAUCAGUGGAUCAGGAGCAGGAGAUUCAUGAUCUUGGUGGUUUGACAUAUCAAGCGAUGAACCAGUAACUGGAGAUGCAGGUGCUUGAUUGAUCGUUAUGUGAUGAGUUUGCGCAGCUCCAAGAUUAUCGCCAGUUUCAUUUUCGUUUUGAGUGGGUUGUUCUGAGUUUUGAGCCAUCAGAGAUGCUGCCAAGAAGUCUUGUUCAGUAAAAACAUUUGGAUUUAAAGGGUAGAUUCCAGUGGCUCGGAAUCCUGCUUCUCCUUUGCUUAUGUUUGCAACUUGUGCAUAUGCCUUGUUAAAUAAACAGGCGACGUCAUAUGGAGUUAUUGUAGCCAUUAAGUGUGUCCUCAUAUGCAUGUUGCAUUCGUGUUUAUAAGCAGCUUUCAGGGGACCAUAAAAAGACACAUCGAGAGGUUGUGUUCUGUGAGAGCUGUGUGGUGGACAGUGGCGAAGCGUGAACUUUUUUUUCGGGUAGACAAACAAUAAAAAUCGUUAAUUAAAAAAAAUGUGUAUUCAAUAUUAUUCAUUUUAAUGAAAUAGAGAAUGAAAGCGCAUGAAAUAUUAACUCAAAGAGAAAAUUAUGUAGUGAUAUAAAAAAGAAAAAAAUAAUUACUACUAGCAUAAAAAGAUAGAUAAAUAAAAAUAAAUACUACUUACAAAAAAACACAACAUAGGUAUAACUAUCACUUAUAAAUCCAUAAUAUCCAUUAUUUUGAAAUUAAUUAAAGACAAAUAAAAACACAACUAAAAUACUAUUGCUAAUAUCGAACAGUCGUUCAUAAAUAACCACUAAAAAAACCUGUAAGAUGUAUUGCGGCCAACCAGAUCAAGCGUGUCCAUAAACAAUACCCUCAACAGCAUAAUAAAAUAGCUGGUCGACUUCGAUAGACAAAAGCUCAAAUGUCUUUCCCGUGAGUAAAUUUUGCAUACGUAAUAGGCUGAUUGCUGAUAAGGCCGGACCUCUGACACCUGCUUGAUGCAUAUAUGGUUCGAUUAAUUGCUCUAAAUUUCGGAAGACAAAUAUCAAUGUGUCUUUCUGGGGCUCGUAUACAAUUGGGUGUCAGCCCUGCAUUUUUAUUUUAAUUGGUGCGUCAGGCGGGGCGCGCCUUAGAUAUUAUAGAUAGAUAGAUAUUAUAGCCGUUUAGAUACUAUAUAAUAAUAGUAAGGAGCGACUACGUUCUGUGUUAAUUUUUUUUUUAAUUGUAAUUCAACAAUUACAUGAAAUAGUUACGUAAUAAAUUAAUGACAAAUAACUGGAUAAUUUUGGGUAGACAUUGUCUACCUUGUCUACUCGUACGCUUCGCCACUGGUGGUGGAAUGGAAAGCAUGGCGAUGUGAUUUUUUUUGCAAUAGUUAAAAGCUGGAAGGGAGAUGUGGCUGCUAUGGUUAUCGAGUAUUACGAGUACAGGAGAAUCUUCUGUAGGACAUUGGAUAUGCUGCAAAAUGUUUAAGCCACUCUACAAAUAAUUCCUCAUUUAUCCAGCCAUUCUUGGAGUGGGUGUAAAAUGCACCAGGCGGUCCAUCCUUUUCUAGUAACGGUGUCAUCCUCUGCCUGGGAAAAAUAAACAUUGGUGGUACGAAGUUCCCAGCCGCACUCAUGGCACACAUGACUGAUAUAUUUCCGCCGCGUUCGCCGCUCGUAACUGCGCCUACUCUUCGUUGCCCUUUUUCUGCAAGCACUUUUCCCGGAUCUGUGACGGUUGUGAUCCCUGUUUCGUCAGCAUUGUAUAUAUUAUUAGGAGGAAACCUAUACUUUUCCAUUAGGUCACCAAGCAUUUGGUAGAAGUGAGUAAUCUCUUCUUUGUUAAAAGCAGAAACCCUAUUUAAACUUGUUGCUUCAGCUUUACGUACAGCAACAGAAGGGUUGCGUCGCAUAAAACCUUGCACCCAAUCUAACCCAGCCAUUUUGCUGUUCUUAUCAAAAUUAUUUUUGAUACUGUUAAUCUCUGCAUACUUGUAAACGGAUUUACGCAAAUCUGUAACGCUUAAUCCAUAGUAUAUUGAUCCCAGCAGCUUAACCUGUUCAGCUAAUUCACUUUCUUGUUGUUGAUUAAAAACUGGUUUACGACCCAGUCGUGGACGGCCUAUGUUUUGAUUCUUUAGCCUAUCUCUUCAUGUAGUAAAUGGAAUUUUAUAUGUUCUUGCUGCUAGUCUUUUCGACAUCCCCCUUUCAAUCGCAGUUCUGGCAUGCAGUAGGUCUUCUUCGGUCCAAGCCGCUUUGGCAGUGGUCCUUUCACGUUUUCUGGGCAUAUUCUGAAAAAAAAACCUUUACUAAUGGGGUAAUGACGCUCACUUGAGCGCCAUAACCCCAAAUGACCGUUUUAUAUUUGAUUUAAAACAUAAAAUAUAUACAAAUACAAUUGCACAACAAUGUUUACAUUAUCACAAAACAGAAUGUCUUAGUACUUUAGAUAAUAAUACAUGUGAUUAAAAGUGUUGAAAAUCUUGACUUACCGCUAAAAAUUAGAUGAAAGCUGCCGAAAAGAAACAAACGCACUUCACUCUUACGGCUACGGAAGCAAACUGCUAUUAUGGCGCUGGGCGGCACCGACAUCACCCCCUCGCGUCUCAGCCCAUGUGCUGUGUUUCUAUGCAACGUAUGUGUCAAGUAAAUAGGGUGAGCGGCAUUACCCCCUGAGCGCAAUUACCCCUGCUUACCCUAACUGUGAUAGAUGGCCAGAUUAGUCGUCGUAGAUCUCCAUCCGAAAAAACCAUGUUGUUCCACUACAAGGGCGUGCCUGUAAGUUUCGAAGAUUUCGUCUGUUACUAUUGAUUAGAAAAUAUUUCCAAAGAAGACAUUGUCUUUAAGAGAUACUGACUUUUAGAGAUUCUCUUGUUGAAUUUGAAAAAUUUGACUUUUUAUGUGAGUAAACAAAUUUAAUUUUAUUAUAGCUGUUCUACCAAUAUAUUUUGGUUUUUGGCACUUCCUACAUGUAGAUUUUGCCGCUGGGCAUUGAUCCCUAGAGUGGUGUUGGAUUGGGUGCGUCUCUGUGCGAACUUGGCCUUUUCGAAAGUUGCUUUUUUCCUACCUCGAUUGGAAAUACCUGAAAUAUUUGAGUUUUCAUUUUUAGUAGACUGGACUUGACUAGAUUAGUUCCCUUGACUGCGAUGCUUGUAAUUCUGCUCGCUUAGCCAUCAGAAUGCACUCUUUUAAAUCCAAGUGAUCUUUUAGCGGCAGACGCUCAGAAUUUAGACUCUUAGAAUCCGACAUCUCAACUACAAUCUCGGAUAAGUUCUACUUUUAGAGUGCCAUAGUUGCAAUGUUCAGCUAGUGAAUGCAUAUUUGUUAUAAAGGACUCUAUUGGCUCUCCUGGUUUUUGAACCAUGGAAUUAAAUAGAAACCUUUCAGAAAUUAUAUUUCUACGAGGAAUGAAAUAUUUUUUAAAACACUCUAAUAGUUCUAUAUAAGAUUCUGGCUGCGUUGGAAAUUCUGACAUAAGUUGCUUUGAUUCUUCUCUUAGUAUGUACACCAAAAUGGUAAUUUUUUCCUCUUCUGGUUUGCUUAGUUGUCCGGAUACCGUCAUAUAUCUCUCAAACCUUUUCCUCCAAAAUGUCCAUGCACCUGGAGUAGAAAAAGGAAAUUUGUCUGGUGGGCUUACACUAACAGAAGUUGUGACAGUAACCACUUGGAAGCCUUAAACUGUCUGAAUGUAUUUGCAGAAGCUAGAAACCUAUGGAUUCAGAGGAGUUUUUCUCGACUGGUUUCGUUCUUACCUAUCUGGAGGAACACAAAGGGUAUUCUUUGACAAUGAUAUGUCAUCCCGUCUGGAUACGGAUGCAGGUGUACCCCAGGGUUCUGUUCUUGGUUCUGAUGUUGUUCAUGCUAUAUGUCAAUGAUAUCUCUCAAAUUCCAAUUAGGGACAAAUUUACUAUCUUUCCGGAUGAUACAACAAUACUUUGGCCUGACACUGACCCCAAGAGGUUAAAUAAUAUCAUUUUGAUUGAAUUCUUGUAAAGUCAUGGUGUGAAUCUAAUAGAUUAACUUUUAAUAUUUCUAAAACUAAUAUUUUAACUUUUAAAUGUAACUUCACGCAACUGUCACGCAAAAUGAAAUAAUAAGUCCUUCUGAAACAUGCACAUUUUUGGGUCUGACAAUUAAGAAGCAAUCUUCUUUUUAAUAGGGAAGCUAUCAUCCAGCUGUUAUGCUAUUAGAGUAAUAACACAUUUUCUGGGACUUGAUGUGUCUAAAAUUGCCUACCAUGCUCUUAUUGAGUCUCAUCUGAGAUAUGGUAUUGUGUUUUGGGGCGUGUGCUCUCAGUAUUUGUUCAGCUCUCUAUUUAUUUUGCAAAAAAGAGCCAUACGCUACAUGUGUGUAGCUCCCUUUCGUAGCCCCUGUAGGCUAUUAUUUUUAAAACACUCUGUCCUGAAAUUGCCAUGCCUUUUUAUUUUGGAGACUGUCUUAUCCACAAAAAAUAUCGGCAUCAGCUUGACUCCCCCCCUCCUCGGGUUACAAUCUCCGAACAAGCUUCUCUUUACCUCUAUCCCAAAAAGUGAGCAGAUUAAGUCCUCUAUUGUGUACGGGGGCAGAAGGCUUUUUAACCACCUACGCCUUUAUAUAAGGCUUAUAAAUUGUGAAAAACGUUUUAGGAAAAAUAUAAAGAAACUUUUACUUGUUAAAGCAUUUUACUCUCUAGACGAGUAUUUAAAUACAAUUUUUUGACAGUGACGAGAUUUUCUUAGCGUGAUGUGACUUCUUACUACUUUUUCUUUUACUUUUUUAAUUGUAUUGCGUGUGUUCUAUAUUCUAUGUAUGUAAGAAUUUUAAAUUUUUUUAUAUUUUUGUAAAAAAUUAUGUUGUCAACUAUCUUUAAGGUUUUAUAUAAUGAGUUGUUAACAACAUAUUAUGUUAUGUAACAAUAAAGCUAUUUUUGACUUGA